AUGUCAAAAAAACGUGGAUUAAGUGCCGAGGAAAAGAAGAUAAGGAUGUUGGAGAUAUUUCAUCAGAGUAAAGACUUUUUUCAGUUGAAGGAACUUGAAAAAAUUGCUCCAAAAGAAAAGGCUAUUACAAUGCAAUCUGUGAAGGAGGUAGUGCAAAGUUUGGUAGACGAUCACUUAGUUGAUUCAGAGAAGAUUGGAACUUCUAUUUACUUUUGGUCUUUUCCUAGCAAAGCAAAGAAUGCCCAGAAAAGAAAAUUUCUUGAUUUACAAACUGAAUUAGAGGAGUGUGCAAAGAAAUUGAAAAAGACAGAAGACAGUAUUGCUGUGGAAUCUGCUAACAGAGUAGAAUGUGAAGAGAGAACACAAUUAUUAUUAAUGUUUCACGAUCUAGAAAAGAAAGAGGAAAGACUUAAGAAAGAGAUGCAGAAAUACAGAGACUCAGAUCCGGAAUAUAUAAGCCAGUUGAAGACAGAGUGUCGGGAUUUAAAAAUGGCUAUCAACAGAUGGACUGAGAAUAUCUUUACAUUGAAAUCUUACAUAAAAAAUACGUUUCAUAUGGACAAUGCUACUAUUGAACAGAGUUUUAAUAUCCCUGCUGAUUUAGAUUACAUGGAAUAA